AUGGCUAUGUUCAAGCAGGAAGAAAACAAGGAAAAUAUCAUGGAGGAAAAUAUAAACAAGAAAAAUGAAGAGGAGGAAGAAGACGAUAUGGAGGGCUUGGGCAUGAAAGCGAAAGCUUUGACAAAGCUGCUUCAGACCAGCUCGGUAUUUGUAGCCAUUAUGGCUGAUAAGAUGAAGGAGCAACAAAAGAAGCAACAGGAGCAGGCAAAGAGACAGGCUACCAAAGAGAAAAACCUUGCCGAGAAGCAACAAGCAUCGGCAGCAUCUACUAACAAACGAUCAACACGAGCAAGCGAGAGGAAAGCUCCAGCUGAUGCAAGCAACGGAGCUGAGAAUACCCAGGAAAAAAAAGCCCAUGCCACGAGACUACCUACACGAGGGAUGGGCCUCGGAAAGACGGUACAGGCUAUCUCGUUAAUUGCGUUCUUUAAAGAACAUAAUAUCCCUGGGCCGUUUUUGAUAGCUGCGCCCCUGAGCACAGUCAGCAAUUGGGUAAAUGAGUUUGCACGAUGGACUCCAUCUAUCAAUACUGUUCUUUACCACGGAACCAAAGAACAACGUAGCGAAAUUCGACGAAAACAGAUGAAGAACCAGGACCAGAAGGCGCCUGAUUUCCCAGUUGUCUGUACAUCAUAUGAAAUCUGCAUGAAUGAUCGAAAGUUCCUCGCCAAUUACCAGUGGAAAUACAUCAUAGUGGAUGAAGGACAUCGUCUGAAAAAUAUGAACUGCAAGUUGAUAAAGGAGCUCUUGACAUACCCUUCUGCAAAUCGGCUGCUCAUCACCGGGACGCCUUUGCAGAACAACAUUGCUGAGCUAUGGUCACUGCUUCAUUUUCUACUACCCGAGAUAUUUAACGAUCUGGAUAACUUCCAGAGCUGGUUUGAUUUCUCGUCUGUUCUUGAUGAUUCUGAUCAAAACGCUGUCAAUGAAAGACGGAGACGCAACCUUGUGUCUACAAUGCAUGCAAUCCUGAAACCAUUCUUACUACGGAGGCUAAAGACUGAUGUUGAAUCCUCGCUUCCGAAGAAACGUGAAUAUGUCCUAUAUGCACCUCUUACGCCUGAACAAAAGGAGCUAUAUGUCCAGAUAGUGAACGGAACGAGCCGUCAAUAUCUAGAAGAGAAAGCCGCCGAGCGAAUAGAAGCUAGGAAUAGCUCAGCCAAACAGUCAAGAGCCCGCAGUUUGAAGAGAGGUGCAAGUGGCAGCGAGCUAAACACGCCUAACAAGAGUGCAAAAUCUAGCCGUGACUCUACACCUACGAGAGCUCGGCGUCGAGGCCGGUCCAAAAACUACAAGGAGGAGUCUGAUAGGGAGUUCAAUAGCAAAUUAGCGAAGCUAGAGAAGGGGAUCCAUGAGGACACCCCUGAGCAGAGCGAGCUUAGUGAAGGAGAGGUGGACGAAAUCGAGAGAGCAAAGACUAUGAAGCUAGCCAAAAAGGAGAUCUCCUCCAAGAAGCUUCAGAAUCCAGUCAUGCAAGCCAGACUGGUGUGCAAUUCACCACUCAACUUCUACUGGCCAUGGGACGAAGACUCUUCAGGCGUUGACUCCACGCUUGUUACGUCUUCCGGCAAAAUGCUUCUGCUAGACCGUCUUGUACCCUGUCUUAUUUCAAAGGGACACAAGGUUCUAAUCUUCUCACAGUUUAAAGGACAACUUGAUAUCCUCGAGGACUGGGCCACGCAGCUCCGGUCCUGGAACUGCUGUCGUAUUGACGGUGCAAUUGCACAGGCGGAUCGACAGGAGCAGAUAAAUGCCUUUAACAGUGAUCCCGACUACAGGAUAUUUCUACUAAGUACGCGAGCAGGCGGCCAGGGCAUCAACCUUACUGCCGCUGACACCGUUAUUCUCUUCGACUCUGACUGGAAUCCACAACAGGAUCUCCAGGCCCAGGACCGGGCUCACCGAAUUGGUCAGACGAAGCCGGUGAUUGUCUAUCGAUUAGCUACCAGGGGCACAAUUGAACAGACUCUUCUUGAACGGGCCGGAUCCAAACGCCGACUAGAGAAACUAGUUAUUCAAAAGGGCAAAUUCAAAAGCCUGCUUGAUUCCACGAGCUCGUCUAAUCCACAGCGCCAGGCGGAUGAAUUGAAGAAGAUAUUCGGCGAUGAAGACAUUGAGGUGUUUGAUAUCGGCGCUGGAACGACUUCGGAGUCUCUGCUUUCAGAAAAGGAUCUUGAGAUAUUGACAGACCGCAGCGACGAGGCGUACUCGGACCAGCGGAUGAAUGAGAGCGGGCGGGCGUUUGCUGCUGUCAAGGCGAACACUGAUGCAGACGAGAUCAUGGCUGACAUUACCAGUAAAUAA